GGUUUGUUGGAGGGGAUGGGGACUCAAGGAUUAGGUGUGGGGUGGGGGGGUUCUCCGGGUCUCUCCCCUGUGCCCGGACGGGAUAGUUACCCGCUUGCCCCGCUCCUCUCCAGCUCCUCUACUCCGGGUUCCCCUCCUAGUGUUCCCGUUCACCUCUUUUCUUGUUUCCCCAAUUCCCUCCUUCCAAAUUUUCUCCAGUUCCUUUCCCCUACUUCCCACCAGUUUAUCUCCCUCCGGUCAUCUUUUUGCUCCCUACUUCUCUCCGGCUCAUCCAGCUUCUCCCCGGAUUCCCAGUUCUAUUUCCAAUUCUUUUCUGGUAUUCCUAUACCCUCGCCCCACCUCCAAGUUUCUUUCCUCUUCGUCACAGAGAUGCCGUCGGGGUUUCAGCAGAUCUGGUCCGAGGAGGGGGACCCUCCACAACAGCGGGUGACAGGAACCCUGAUCCUUGCAGUAUUCUCUGCUGUGCUUGGCUCCCUCCAGUUUGGCUACAACAUCGGGGUUAUCAAUGCCCCACAGAAGGUGAUUGAACAGAGUUACAAUGAAACAUGGCUGGCACGUCAAGGCCCUGAUGCCCCCAGAUCGAUCCCCCCAGGCACCCUCACCACUCUCUGGGCUCUCUCUGUUGCCAUCUUCUCUGUGGGUGGCAUGAUCUCCUCCUUCCUCAUUGGCAUCAUCUCACAGUGGUUGGGCAGGAAGCGUGCCAUGAUGGUCAAUAAUGGUGUGGCUCUUCUGGGAGGAGCACUCAUGGGCUUGGCCAAGGCAGCUGCCUCUUACGAGAUGCUCAUUCUUGGACGAUUUCUCAUUGGCGCCUUCUCAGGGCUCACAUCAGGACUGGUCCCCAUGUACGUAGGGGAGAUUGCUCCUACUCAUCUUCGGGGAGCUUUAGGAACCCUCAAUCAGCUGGCCAUAGUCAUUGGCAUCCUGGUUGCCCAGGUCCUGGGCUUGGAUUCCAUGCUGGGAACAGAGACGUUGUGGCCACUGCUGAUGAGCUUGACGGUUCUUCCUACCCUCCUUCAGCUUGUGCUAUUGCCCUUCUGCCCAGAGAGCCCCCGAUACCUUUAUAUCAUCCGUAACCUUGAAGGACCUGCCAGAAAAAGUCUGAAGCAACUGACUGGAUGGGCAGAUGUAUCUGGAGCACUAGCAGAGCUGAAGGAGGAGAAACGCCAGCUAGAACGGGAGCAGCCCCUUUCCUUGCUCCAGCUUCUCCACAGCCGAACCCACCGGCAGCCCCUGGUCAUUGCCAUUGUGCUGCAGCUCAGCCAGCAGCUGUCAGGGAUCAAUGCCGUUUUCUACUACUCAACUAGCAUCUUUGAGUCAGCAGGGGUAGGACAGCCAGCAUAUGCUACCAUUGGAGCAGGCGUGGUCAACACAGCUUUCACUUUGGUCUCGGUACUUCUAGUGGAACGGGCUGGGCGUCGGACACUACAUCUCUUGGGCCUGGCUGGAAUGUGUGGAUGUGCUAUCUUGAUGACUGUGGCUCUUCUCCUGCUGGAACGGGUUCCUGCCAUGAGCUAUGCCAGUAUGAUAGCCAUCUUUGGCUUUGUGGCUUUCUUUGAAAUUGGCCCAGGUCCUAUCCCAUGGUUCAUUGUGGCUGAACUCUUUAGUCAGGGACCCCGACCAGCUGCCAUGGCUCUGGCUGGCUUCUCCAAUUGGACAUGUAAUUUCAUCGUGGGUAUGAGCUUCCAGUACAUUGCGGAUGCCACUGGCCCUUAUGUCUUCCUCCUCUUUGCUGUCCUCCUGCUUGGUUUCUUUCUCUUCACCUACUUGAAGGUGCCAGAAACACGAGGCCGAACAUUUGACCAGAUAUCUGCAGCCUUCCGACGGACCCCAUCAUUGCUGGAACAGGAGGUGAAGCCCAGCACAGAGCUUGAAUACCUGGGACCAGAUGAGAAUGACUGAGAGGCAGGGUGGAAGGUGACAAGUACACCUUUCCCCCUUCUUCUCCCUUAAUUGAACUCUCUUCCUCCCUGAAGCACUUUAUGUUUCCCUUUCCAACCCUCUCAAGGGCAGGAAGGAAUAUCUGGUGAUAUUGGGGGCUAAAAUUCAUGGCUUGAAUUGCCCCUCCCCCACCCCCCCCUCGUCAAACCCAUUCCCUUUAUCGUGAAUCUCUUGGAUUAUUUGUCUAUAGUGGUUGGGUUUUGGGUGUAAAUAUAGGCCAGACUUUGUCCCCAACCUCCUCACUCCCAAGGGUUCCCUGGUCCCUUCUCUUUAUCUUUAGCCUCAAAUUUGUAUUACUUCCUGCUGUAAAGAAGGAGAAUAACAGAUCCCUGAGAACUAACUUUUCCAGGUGGGAAAGAAGAAUAUGGGCAUCCUGCCUUCCUAAAGAGGAAGAAGCCUAAGGCCCAGCUCCCUAAGUUCGCAUUCCCUCUUGACUUCAUAUUAGCAGAUUACCCCUCAUGCACAACUUGACAAAGCUAAAUAAAUGGGUGGUAGGCAGUGGGGAGAAUUCUUAUGCUGAGAAAGCUAUAGGGAAGGUACUUCCUUUCACUCUUUCAUUUUGUCAUUUGAGAAGACAGUGCACAUAGUAGGGAGAGUUCUAGGGAAGAUACCUCCCUUCACUCCAUUCUGUCCUUUGGGAAGACUGUACACAUAGUAGGGGAGAGCUCUAGAAGAAACAGAUACCUCCUUUCAUUCUGUCUUUUUGGGGAGACUGCACAUGGUGGGGAACACUCUAGGGAUGAUACCUCCCUUUAUUCUGUCCUUUGGGGAACAUUAGCCCAAAUAUGCCAGUAGGUCUUUCUGCUUUGUGGAUUCCCACUUAGUUGGGGCAUUGUCUCCCACCGAACUCACUCUCACCCUGAAGUAGGUUUUGUACAGGUAGCCCUUUGAGCUCCUGACCAAAAAUAGAAAAAAGUGGAGGCUUCUGUUGGUGUAAUAAAAAGGCUGAUUGGAGCCUUAGAACAUU